GGCGAAGGUUUACCUCUGAUAAUUCUGAUGAUUGGCGCCGAACUGAAAGCAGAGGAAGGACUUACGCCAGCAGAUAUGGUUGAACUAUUAUGUCAAUGUCGCCUAGAAACACUAAGCAAUGAGUUUUACCCGGAGGAAGACCGAAUAGUUGAUGUGUACAGGACUUUUAUACUGCGAUUAUCUGGGGAGUACCAAUGUCAUCUGAUAGAUUUAGGCUACAUUCCUGGAUCGUUUAAUGCAGUGGAAGCUGGUGGUCUCCUAGGUAUAGAGAGUGAGGCGAUGGCAAAACAAACAGCAAUUCUACCAAUUAGACGAAGACACAUGCUUAAUUAUGAUUCUGAAAACAGUCGUUUUAACAUUCAGGGUAUUCUGCGUGAGGUGUUGAAGGCUGAUUUUCUUAUCAGAGAUCUACCUGAGUUACGAAAGAAAUACUGCAAAGUGUUUACAGAGGUUAUAAAGAAAAUAUCAAUACAAAUGGGCACAGAGGAGUACACAAAAGCGUAUUCAGAAUUUGCCGUAGAACAACCAAAUCUCCAGAAACUUCUAGGUGAUGUUGAAUACACUAGAGAAGAUACUUACCACUUCUUCAUUGAAAUUGUAUCGUCUUAUACCACUGUCAUAGAACGAUUCAUGACACGUGAAAGUGAUACAUUUUAUAAUGCAUGCCUAAGACUGACAGAGAUGUAUGGUAGAUCAGUUGAUAAAGCGGUAGUUCAUUUAGCCGUUGGAAGUAUAGAAACCAACACAAAAGGAGACUUUUUACAUGGUGCAAACAAUUAUCAAUCAGCUCUGGAAGUGUUAGAGAAGAUGGAGAAGUCUGUACAUCUAGCAUCAGCCUAUCAGAAAAUGGGUUGGAAUAUGCACAGACAAGGCUUAAACGUCGAAGCCAUUCAGUAUUAUAAGAAGUCCCUUGACAUCUCUGUAUAUGGAGGACCUGGAUAUGAGACAUUUGCUAUGCAAUCGUUUAGUUCUAUGGGGAUAUCACAUACAUAUCUAGGUAACUGGUUUAAGAACAUGAUUAUUAUUUUAAUUAAAUUAAAUGUGAUUUUUAUGACUUUCAAGGAUAUUUGAUAAUCUUACCUACGAACUCAUGGUGACAAUUUUUAAUUGCCCAGCAGGUCAAAAAUGUUUAAAAAAAAAAACGUUAAUUAAUAAUUUGUUAAACGCAUUGUUUUGCUUUUUACCUUCAGAUGGAGAAUAUUAAAUAUCAUAUAUCAUUAUCAUGUGAUUAUCAGAUCUUAAGGAUUACUCGGUAUUCAGGUGAGAUGGAUAAAUAGUCUUGCUUAUGGAUAUACGUGGUAUGAUCAAAAAGUUAUCGGCCCGAUAUACUUUUGCCACUACACUGACAUUUACACACGGUACGUCGAUACCAAUAUCUUAUUGAAGAUUACUGACCGAGUAACACGCGGUUUUACACAGAUUAAGUAACAUAAAACACACUUUAAUCAGUAGAGGGAUGUGUCAUUUAGACCAAAUGGAGAAAGUUGAAAUCAGAACCGUCAUUAUGUACCUCUGUAAAAAAGGGAUGUCCCCCAAGCAAAUCCAUUAAAACUUCAUGUAUACACUUGGGAAAGAGUUCCCUUCCUAUAUCACUGUGAAAAAAUGGGCUGCUGAAUUUAAGAAGGGAGGGAGAGCAUUGGAGAUGAUGAGCGACCUGAGCGGCCAAAAGAGGCUACCAACGAUUAAACUGCCGAAGCUGUGCAGGAUCUUGUCAUGUGCGACAGAAGGCGAAGCCUGCGAAGCAUUGCUAGGGAAGUGGGUAUAAGAUUUGGUUCAGUUCAGGCAAUUGUGACUGCUGUAUAUGGCAUGUCAAAGGUUUUCGCUAGAUGGGUCCCCAGACAGUUGACUGACGACCAGAAACGGACCAGGCUUGACAUUUCAAGAUAUCUUUUGUCUCGCUACGAGGAUGAACCUGAUUUUAUCUACCGGAUCGUAACUCAGGAUGAAACAUGGGUCCAUCACUUCGAUCCAGAAUAAAAAAAAAACAGAGCAUGCAGUGGAAGCACCCUGGCUCACCCCCUCCGAAGAAAUUCAAGAGGGUGCCAUCAGCAGGGAAGAUGAUGGCUUCAAUUUUUUGGGAUAGUCAGGGGAUAAUCAUGAUUGACUAUUUUGAGCAAGGUCAGACCAUAAACGGUACGUACUGUGCAGACGAAUUGAGACGUCUGCGCCACAAAAAACGAGCGUAAAAGUAGGGACAAACUGACUUAAGGCGUUCUGCUCCUGCACGACAAUGCGCCAGCUCACACAUCCCAAGUUGCGAUGGCUGAUGCAACUGACUGCGGCCUUAAAUUUUUCCCAAUCCCCCAUAUUCUCCGGACUUGGCCCCCUCUGACUUCUAUCUGUUUUCAAAACUGAAAGCAAAGCUUCGUGGUAGACGUUUGGAAGCAAUGAAGGUGUCAUGGAGGCGGGCAAUGAGCUCUUUGUGGACAAAAAUAGAGAGUUCAAUUUUGAAGGGUCAAACAAACUGGAGCACAGGUGGGCAAAGUGCAUUGAUGUAGAGGGCGAUUAUAAUGAAAAGUUAGACCAUAAGUUGGAUUCUCUUACUACCGGAAGUACAUCGGGUCAAGAACUUUUUGAUCAAUCCUCGUAUUACAUUUUUAGGAUAAAGCGAAAUUAAAUUCACAAAUACCGGUAUCAUUUUUUUUUAUUU